AUGCCGACAAGUGCCGAUGGAGGGAGAUCAUUCAGCCAAGAGACAGAAACCAUUGGCCUGUCAAAGGUGUCGCUCUCGGAAGCAAAGAAAUGUAUAUCGACUGAUCCGGUGACACGCAGGGCUCGUGUCAGUGCCGAAUAUGCCAAAGCACUCGAGGAGAGGAUCAUGGAUCUCGAAUCCCAGGCAGGACGGGUAUCAGAGCAUACUUCCCCAGUCAGCCGACAGGGAAUAGCGCAGGACACUCCACGCUCGAGAAACGAUGGGUCUUUGUCGAAUAAGAGGACAUUCGAGCGCGCAAUUUCAGAGCCAGAAUCAGACAUUGAUCCUCGUGCUUCAAGACGGCGACUAUAUCAAAAUUUGUCCCAAUAUGGAUCAUCUUCAAAUCCCCAAGCGGCUCAGGUUCCUCUCCCAGCAUCCACUGGCCCACGCCAGACACCACCGUUACCAUCCUCGAAUGCGAGAGAGACAUUACCGCCUCCACAAGGCCAAUGCGGGCACUCAAGCUUGUUGAUCGGUAUACUAGCCACACUGGCAAACUCCAAUUCUUAUGUAUCUUCUGCUGCACAGACUAAAACCCCGGACGUCAGCAUACCAUCUCCUUUCACAGAUCAGAUAUCCCAAUCAGAUCGUCCAAUCAGCCUUUCAAGGGAAGCAUCUGAUCGACUGGUUCAUAUUUACCUCGAGAGAGUCAACCCACGAUAUCCUUUCCUUCAUCGCGAUACAUUCCUUGGCUGGUAUGAGUCGUGGAAGGCUCAUUCACAUCUGGAUAGGGUUAGGCAUCAGCAAGGUCUAUGGAAGGAUUAUUUCAUUACCAUAGUGCAUGCUGUUGCCCUACUUUUGACGCCUCGAGUGUCAGAAAGUGAUAUCGCCACGUCUCAGUCUUUAUAUAAUACUGCUUUGCAAUACCUCGGCUACGUCUUCGCGCAGCCUGAUCUAAUCCUGCAUGCACAAGCGUAUCUACUCCUAACACUACAUGCACUUCACUCACCCUCAUCGCAAAUGAUCAUCACCAUGGUAUCCGCAACGAUGAGGUACUGUGUCAUGGCCCAGCUCCACCUAUUUGAGAGCGAGCCGAAAGUCCCGAAUCCAGUAUUUUCAUUGGAGGUCCAAACCCGCCGUCGAGUAUUCUGGUCUGCCUAUGCUCUGGAUCGAUUUAUCAGUUGGAUCUAUCAUAUCCCAAACAAUAUCGUCGACGAGCAUAUCAGCGUGGAGCUCUUUUCAGACGUCGGAGACGCAGACCUCCACCGCCACGGCUCAGACGACAGCUGCGUCCGAAUAGAAACACCAUCCCAGAAAACCCACGUCUCACCCGCUCUACAUCUAUUCCGAUGUAGGCGAAUCCAAUCCCGCAUCAUCAGUACAAUGAUGCGGUCUGACUUUGAAGAGAUAAACACCUCAACAACAUGGCGAGAGCACAUGCUCGGAGAAUUAGAUGCCUGGAGAUCCCAACUCCGUCUACUGAGCGAUGUAGCAUCGAAAAGCUACACGAGUGACCGAUGGGUCGGUAUGGCAUACAACUAUACCAUCCUCUUAUUACACCAGCCCACGAAAGAAAACGUCUGCGACGGCUUUGGAGACCGUUCCGUCCCGGCUUGUGUUCAGAUUGUCUUGACAUUCAGGACUUUUCAGAAAGAUCGACAGACAGCUCAAUUAUGGCCCGGCCUUCUAAGCCAAGUUGCCGUAGGGAUAACACUCCUCUACUGCUUCUGGGCUACACCACUCCAACACCAAACACCAGCAUAUAAAUCUCGCGAAGUCCCCGAAGCACUACGAGCCUGUUCAACCGCACUAGCUAUUCUCGCCGAGCGAUGGACCCAAGCUGAGCCUUUGCGUGAUGUGUUUGAUACAUUAGCACGGGAAAUCCCAGUGUAUGGAAUGGUCGUUGAUGAUGCACCGAGACGAAUCUCGGUGGAGGCUGCUUCAUACAUUAAGUCCCAGAUGCCUUUACUUACGUCCAUUAUCAUGCAUCGAGGAGUUUUGCGGAUGAUUCGUGAGAUGGUUACGGAGGAUUUCCCUAGUGGUUUUGCCGAGCCGCACCAUCAGGUUUUGUCUGGUGGGUUUCGGGGUCAUUUGUGUUCUGUUGAGUGUCCCUUCUUUCGGGGGACUGGUCAUGCUGCGCCCGUUGCUGUUGAUGUUCCGGGGUAUGAUCCGCUCGAGGGUGGGAUUAGGGGUGGAUUUGGGGUUGAUGAUGAGACUUUGAUGUUUCCUCUUCUUUUCGGGUCUGCUGAGUUUUGA